UGUCCUAGGACCGUAGGGUCUUAGGGUUUAGAUUAGAGCAACGAUAUUGUAACACAUUAAUAGCGGUCGAAAAGUUCUUGGAAUUACCAAAGAUAAAUCGGAAAGCGAAAAGAAAUUAGAAAUUUAGUCGCGUCCACGAAAUAUCACAAAUGGACUGACAAACAAAAUAGCAAGAAACGACGAGAGGAAGCUAUUAGCAUAGGUAGCUUGUGUCAGCAAUACUUUUGGUAACUUCAGAGCGCGACGUGGUUCUUUGUAACUGUUCUAAUCGUAGUAUUUUACAUCAAAAUAACAAAUAAUGUGUGUUUAAGGAUGCAAUAUAGAAAUAAUUAUAACUACAACGUUAGAGUGAACAUUAUACAUAUAAUGUAUAUAACCCUCGUAUAAAAUACAAAAUUCUAAAGCGAUUCAUAUUAUACCAGAAUAAGCAGAUCGUUCUGACCGUCUUGAUCGUGUAGCCGUAUCUCAAUUGUAAAACGGUUGAUCGACUAUUUGAAAGUCAAAAAUUUAAAUUGUUUCUAUUCUUACUUGUGUCCGACUUAACGGACUACUGGGGAUUGCCAGUCAAUCGUUUUCGGUGUAACUAGGUAGUUCCAUCGUUUAAUAUCCGCUAAAAUAGCAUUCAUACACAUAUUCUCGCUCAACUCCAAUUACGUCUUAGUUCGGUGUUACCGUCAAUAAAUAUUUGCUACGUUUUUACGUUAAUAAUUACGUAACGCAGCAAACAUCGUUUCGGAAGAUUCAAUUGAAUCGCUCGAUGCUUCAUCGGAGCUUCGCAAACUGAUUCACGAUGAACUUCGUUUGCGCGAUAUUGGUUUUAUUCGUUUCCAUUCUUGUAUACGUUUUCUAUGUAAAUCGGAAGGUACGUCGUCUACCACCUGGUCCUUGGCAACUUCCGAUCGUCGGCUAUCUUCCAUGGAUCGAUGCAGAAAAACCGCACGAAACUCUGACGAAUUUAGCCAGAGUUUAUGGUCCUAUAUGUGGAUUCCGCAUGGGUUCCGUUUAUACCGUUUUAUUGUCGGAUCCUCAAUUAAUAAAGCAGACCUUCUCGAAGGAUAUGUCCACCGGUAGAGCACCUUUGUACCUUACACACGGAAUUAUGAAUGGAUAUGGUUUAGUUUGCGCGGAGGGAGAACGGUGGAAGGAUCAGAGAAAAUUCGUUAGCAAUUGCUUACGAAACUUUGGAAUGAUAAAGCACGAAGGACCAAAACGAGAGAAAAUGGAGAAACGAAUAUCCGAUGCAGCAAAUGAAUGUGCAACGGCACUGAAAAAUCGCGGGGCAAAUGGACCGAUCGAUCCAUUAAAUACGCUUCAUCAUUGUAUGGGUAAUCUUAUUAAUAGCAUCGUAUUUGGAAAGACCUAUAAGGAGGAAGACGAAGUUUGGAAAUGGCUAAGACAUUUGCAAGAAGAAGGAGUGAAAGAAAUUGGUGUCGCUGGACCGCUCAACUUUUUACCUUUUCUCAGAUUCUUACCACGAUACGGCCGAACGAUACAAUCAAUCGUCGAUGGAAAGGAGAAAACGCAUAAAAUAUAUCGGGAAAUACUCGAAGAACACCGUGCACAAAUCACGCAAGCAUCAGAAAAUAAGGAUAAAGUCGAGAGUUUUUUGGCAGCAUUCGACGAACAAAUGAGGAAAGAAAACGGUACAAAAUCCGGCUUUUUCACAGAACCCCAACUGUACCAUUUAUUGGCGGAUCUUUUUGGUGCUGGAACUGACACUACUUUGACUACCUUUCGUUGGUUCCUCUUAUUCAUGGCUGCCCAUCCUAUGGAGCAGGAAAAGGUACAAUCGGAGAUGGAUCUAUGUUUGAAGGAAGGGGAGCAGCCGACUCUAGACGAUAGAAUCGCUAUGCCUCGUCUCGAAGCUGCUAUAGCCGAAGUGCAAAGGAUAAGGACUGUUACACCACUCGGUAUUCCUCAUGGAACAUCAGAGGAUAUGCGAAUAGGUGAUUACGAUGUACCACGCGGUACCAUGAUCGUGCCGAUGCAGUGGGCUAUUCACACCGAUCCUGCUUACUGGCAAGAUCCUCUCGAAUUUCGACCCGACAGAUUCCUAUCCGAUGAUGGAAGUUUCUUCAAACCGGAAUCGUUUCUCCCAUUUCAAAGUGGAAAACGCGUUUGCGUCGGAGAGGAACUCGCUAGGAUGAUACUAUUUUUGUUCGCCGGAAGGAUACUGCGUGCAUUCAUUGUAUCCGUACCACCGGACGAGAUGAUCGAUCUCGAAGGCGAUUGUGGCAUUACGUUAGUCCCGAAACCACAUCGCUUGAUGUUCGUUCCGCGACAUCAAUAAUCAACGAUUAUAAUCAAUAAAAGAUGUAGAUCUGGUAAAACGACUGUUGUAAUACGAUCGAUCAUCGUUACAAAUUACAACUAUCACAAGCGUGUUUUACGAAAAUAUACACUUUUCAUAAUUAA